GGCGGGUGCAAACGACCAUCGGUGUGAUCGAGGACUAUAUAGCAGGGAUGCAUGGUGGGCUCAAGCUAGGGACUCAAUCAUGCGUCCUUACCUGCAUUCUCGCGUUGCGUCGAGCUUGUUGAUCAUCGCAGCGCAUUCGAUAUCGGCGGCGCUGCAGUCGCGAUGGCAGACGCCGAUCCUUGAUCCAGCUGGCCUUGUGAAUAUGUUCAUAGGAACUACAGAUGGCGGACACGUUUUUCCUGGUGCCACUCUUCCCCACGGCAUGGUGAAGGUUGGCAUGGACACCGACUCACCAGGAAACCAAGCAGGUUACGAUGCAAACCCGAUCUAUAAUGCGACUGGGUUUUCCCAGCUGCAUGAUCAAGGAACUGGCGGAGGUGUAUCCUUGUCGAACUUCAAGUUGUGGGCUUUUGCAUCCUGCCCUAUGGACGACUCGUUCUAUGCAUGUCCUACAUCGUUGGAGUCACGCAAAGUCCUGCGAAAUAUCCUCCCAGAUGGAUCGCCGGACGACGCUGCUUCCCCUGGAUACUUCUCUACCAAUCUGUCUACCGGUAUCCGUGUGGAACUGACGGCCACUAGACGAACGGCGCUUCAUAGGUAUACGUUUCCCGAAGGCACUGCCAAUCCGCGGAUGCUGGUAGACAUCACAGAUGAUGGCAUGCAGAGUAGCACGAAUCCCGUAAUGACGUUGAAUUCCACUACUGCUCGGGUCAUUGGUAGCGCAACAUUCCAAGCGUCCUUUGGACCUGGACGAUACCGUGUGUACACGUGCGUGGACUUCAAAGGCGAUGGCUAUACAUUCGAUGGGCCUGUCGAAUAUGGCGCAUGGUUAGGAGAUUAUCCUGUGCAAUACAGCGUCGAUCUCAACCAACUGUAUUUCGGUUUCGUUGACGAACUAGGAGCGCUGUUUACGUUUCCACCUAAUCCGAAUGGAACCACUUCCAUCCAGGCUCGGGCGGGCGUGUCCUUUAUCUCGGCGGAACAAGCAUGCUCGAACGCUGAAGAAGAAAUUCCGGACUGGGACUUCGACGCGGUCCAAUCGGCUGCCAGAGCUGAGUGGAACGAUAUCUUGGGACGCGUUCAAGUCGACCCGGAUGGCGUGGAUAGCGAGAUUGUCGAGCUCUUCUAUAGCUCGCUUUACAGAAUUCAUGUGGUGCCGGCGGAUUACACAGGAGAAAACCCGCUAUGGAACUCGACUGAACCUUACUAUGAUUCGUUCUACUGUAACUGGGAUACAUUUCGCGCCCUCUACGCGCUUAUGUCACUGCAUGAUCCAGUCAACUUCGCUCGUAUCAUCCGCGGACUUAUCAACAUUCAGCAACAUGAAGGAUGGCUUCCUGAAUGCCGUGGUGCCACCAAACAGCAAUUCAUACAAGGCGGUAGUAAUGGAGACCCUAUCCUUGGCGAAUUCUUGGUCAAGUACUACAACGAGGCUGAGGCGCUGAACGUCUCCACAAGCGCUCUGUACUCGGCCUUGCUCGCCGACGCCGAAGACCAGCCACCCAACUGGGAUCUCCAGGGGCGUCAGGCAAAUGUCUGGAAGGCGAUUGGAUACAUCCCGUCAGAUCUCUGGGAGCCAAGCGGCACUAAUACGAAGCAGGUGUCGCGGACUUUGGAGUAUUCGUUCGACGAUUUUGCGAUAUCACAAGUGGCCAAGACCAUGGGUAACACUGCAGAUGGACAGAAGUACGCAGAACGAGCGGCCAACUACAUCAAUGUAUGGAACCCCAACACUACUGUCCCUGGUCGCCCCGAUAUUGUGGGGAUGAUGCAACCUCGUUUCUUGAACGGGACGUUCAACUACACGGACCCUAGACACUGCAGCGUGAAUGAUCCGACUCAAUCAACGUGUUACUUGAAUGCCGCCAACAAAGAUGGAUUUUACGAGAGCUCCCCAUUGGUGUAUUCACAGUUCGUUCCUCAAGAUGGUGCCAAGUUGGUCGAGCUGCAAGGAGGACCGGACGCUUUUAUAUCGAGGCUCGACUUCCUCUUUGACGAGCAUUACUUUGACGAGACCGACGAGCCAUCGAUGCAGAUUCCGUUCAUGUACCAUUACGCCAACCGGCCCGGGCUGAGCACGCAGCGUUCCAGACAAGUUAUCGCACAAUACUUCAACACAUCGGUGAACGGCAUCCCUGGGAACGACGACUCGGGCGCAAUGGGAACGUGGGCCACCUUCCUUCUGGCAGGACUAUACCCCGUGCCCGCCACUCGUCAAUAUCUCCUCUCGUCACCCUGGUUCCCGCAAAUUUCCUUCUACAACCCUAUCUUCAACAAGACGACGACGAUCAUCGCUAACGGCUUCGCCGGGAACCCAGCGAACGGCACGGGAGGUCAGGUGUUCGUCGAAAGCGUCACGAUCGAUGGGCAGCCGUGGGGUUCGAAUUGCUACCUCGACUGGGACGCCUUCACGUCCGGCUCGACGAUUGAGCUGCAGCUGACGGACAACAUCAAUGUGACCUGUGGGGCAGGCACAGACGCACUCCCGCCGUCCCUGUCCACGGGCGGCUUCGACUAGCGUGGCUGGCUUCUUCGCCGACAAACUUAGCUGAGGCUCCGGAACAUACGCAGGUGAUAGUGAUGUGCGCGUCCGCAUGACGCGCGCGCGGGAGGUCAUUGGACGGUUCGCGGCGCGUGGACGGACCAUGCCAUGCCUAGUUGGGUGUGCCCGCGCUCUGUUGCGUACGUACGUACGUCGACGGUGUGACUAAGCGAAGCUUUGAACUUGGGUG